AUGCGUUUAAGUUGGGUCUCUUUUGUGGAUGACAACCCAGUUAUAUGUCGUUCUAUUGAUGACCUGCGACAAUAUAUAGAAGACAAUUUGGGUAUAGUCCCUGAUGGCAACUUGACAAGCCUGAGGCAUACAUGGUUGAAGACGAAUUUUAGGAAAUUGCCACCUGAUGCAAACCCUGUUCAAGUUUAUAGAUAUACUCGAGCAUAUCUGCUCUUCCUCAUCAGUGUCACCAUAUUCGCUGAUGCAUCAGUUUCACUAGUGCCAACAAGGUACUUACAGUUUUUUGAAGAUAUUGAGGGAGCGAGCACAUAUGCUUGGGGUGCUGCAGCUCUUGCAUUCCUAUAUCGCUCACUUGGAAAAGCUUGCACUUUCAAGCGAAAACAUUUUACUGGUUCAGCCACUCUCAUGCAUUGCUGGUCGUAUAAGCAUAUUAUGCAUAUGAGGCCCAUACCGCAUGGUAUCUCUCCAAAUAUGCCUAGGGCCAAAAGAUGGGAGCCACCAAAGAAAUAUCAUGGCAAUCCACAUAACCUAAUGCCUCCCAUUAAACAAGAAUUUGAUAACCUCCAACCUAAUGAGGUAAUUCGGAAUCCCUAUCUCAAGCCUGAUGAGGACAUUUCAAAUGAUAGGCAUCAGUUUGUGCUUGUCGAUAUGGGUGACGUAGAAGCCAUGAUGGAAGUUUUGCAACGUCAAUAUAAUGACGAAGGUGUACCUGAUGAGGCCAGACAUGAUGGAGUGGGUGAAAGUAGUCGGGUUGUAGAAGACUUAGCUCCAUUCACAUAA